UUUUUUUUUUUUCUCUCCAUUCCCCUUUACUCUAAUCAUAACAUUUCCUCCAUAAAUAACAGCUUCCUCUUCUUUCUUGUUCCCAUCUUUCUCCCUUUCCCUGCUUUCUUCCAUUUGGAGUUUUCUUGAAAGUCAAGAAUGUCAACAAAAGCUAGCAAGCAGGUGAGUUUCAGUCCCGACGCCUGUCAAAGGCCAACUGUUGUCCUGAAACAUGGUGGAAGUAUCAGAAGAACGAGAAAGAGGAAGAGGGUUGUUGGGAUUUUGGCGUUUAGGCUGUCAAAGGGUUCGAGUUUUUCUCCGGCAAGAUUGUUGAGGCGUCUCGGGGUUAAAGUGGCCAGAGUACUAUGUUGUUUGUCCAUGCCAAGGAAGUGUUCACGGAAGGUCUCUUCGUCAAAUCUUGUUAGGUCACGGUCGUUAGCUGAAUCUAUUGACUCUCACCGAGCUGAAGCCAUAGAAGACUGCAUCGAGUUCUUGAAUUCUUCUUCUGCUUUGUCGAGAUCAAAUUCUGUUUCUUGUUCCUGCUAGGAGUUUUGCAUUCACCCCGGGAAAGUAUGUGUAAAUGAAUGAAUAAAAAAAAAAAAAAAACUUUAGGAUUCUUUGAUCUUCGAUCAUGAAAGUAUUUCCAAGUUGGCUGUAAAAAAUUGCAAGCAGAUAU